UCGAUUACGUGUCUCGUCGUCGCCGCUCGUCGCUCGCUCUUCUUGUUUAUAUUUCGUUUUUCGCAAGAAAAUUAAAGAAAAUGUCAGGACGUGGAAAGGGAGGAAAAGUCAAGGGAAAGGCGAAGUCCCGUUCGAGCCGUGCCGGUCUUCAGUUCCCCGUCGGCAGGAUCCAUCGUCUCCUCCGUAAAGGAAACUACGCCGAACGCGUCGGUGCCGGAGCUCCCGUCUACCUCGCCGCCGUCAUGGAAUAUCUGGCCGCCGAAGUUCUCGAGUUGGCAGGAAACGCCGCCAGAGACAACAAGAAGACCAGGAUCAUUCCCAGACAUUUGCAGUUGGCGAUCAGGAACGACGAAGAGUUGAACAAGCUCCUUUCCGGAGUGACGAUCGCCCAAGGCGGCGUUCUGCCCAACAUCCAGGCGGUUCUCUUGCCCAAGAAGACCGAAAAGAAGCCUUAAACUCUUUUCAUUUUUUUUAAAGAAACGGACCGGACGGACGACCGCUUUACCGAGAAAAAAAAAGAAAAACAACAACCCACAUCAUCGGCCCUUCUCAGGGCCACUAAUUUUUUUCAAACGAUUAAAUGCUCGCAAACUUAUCUUAAUGGAAAACAAACAAAAAAAAAUAAU